ACCAGUUUCCCAGGAUGGAAAUAAGAACUAGUAGUCUACAGUUUCCAGAAGCAAGCUCUCUCGAAGUAAAAAUCUAAAAAUUAGAGCUCCUAUCUCUUGGAUAUUUCACACCCUCAGAUAUGUUCCUGUCUAAUAAUGCCUGCUUGGUGCCCACUUCUUUCUGGCUCACUGGCAUCCCAGGACUGGAGUCUCUGCACAUCUGGCUCUCCAUCCCCUUCAGCUCCAUGUACCUGGUGGCUGUGGUAGGGAACAUCACCAUCCUGGCUGUGAUAAAGGUGGAGCGCAGCCUGCAUCAACCCAUGUACUUCUUCCUGUGCAUGUUGGCUGUCAUUGACUUGGUCCUGUCCACUUCUACCAUGCCCAAACUGCUAGCCAUCUUCUGGUUUGGUGCCCACAACAUUGACUUAGAUGCCUGCUUGACCCAGAUGUUUUUCAUCCACUGCUUUGCCACAGUAGAGUCAGGUAUUUUCCUUGCCAUGGCUUUUGACCGCUAUGUGGCCAUCUGUGACCCACUACAUCAUACUUCAGUGCUCACCCACACAAUGGUGGGUCGUUUAGGCCUGGCUGCUCUCCUUCGGGGUAUACUCUACAUUGGACCCUUGCCCUUGAUAAUUCGCUUGAGGCUGUCCCUUUACCGGACCCAAAUCAUUGCCCACUCCUACUGUGAGCACAUGGCUGUGGUCACCUUGGCAUGUGGUGACACAACAGUCAAUGAUUUAUAUGGAAUGGGAAUUGGCUUCCUAGUAUUGAUCCUGGAUUCAUUAGCCAUCACUGCCUCAUAUGUAAUGAUUUUCAGGGCUGUAAUGGGACUGGCCACCCCUGAAGCUAGACUUAAAACCCUAGGGACAUGCAGUUGUCACAUUUGUGCCAUCCUUGUCUUCUACAUCCCCAUUGCUGUUUCCUCCCUUACUCACCGCUUUGGCCAUCAGGUGCCUCCCCAUAUCCAUAUCCUUUUGGCCAACUUUUACCUCCUCAUCCCACCCAUCCUCAACCCAGUUGUCUAUGCUGUCCGUACCAAACAGAUUAGAGAGAGGCUUCUCCACAUUCUUAAAGCAGAAGCUCAACCCAAGUGACUAUUCUGCACUUAUGAGACAUGCAGAUAUUUAGUUAUGGCAGGAAAGAGCUUUGACUGGGGAAGCCAAUGCAAUAAAACCCAUGCAGCUGGGUCUUACCUGAGUUUUGGAGAUAACAGCUUGUGAGCAAUGCAGAAUAUAUUUUGUACGACCAUGAAUUUUCUGAAAAUGGAGAGGAGAAUAUCUUAAAUAUCAUUGUGGAGA